AUGGAGCUGCGAUGGCUGGUUGUUUUUUGGCAUCUUGUGAUUGCGAAGGGCUGGUGGUGCCAAGCUUCUCAUGGUAGUUGCGUCGGGCAGCGUCACAAGUUCCAGGAGGAUGCGACCUUUAAGACGAACGUGAGGCCAUUGUUGUCAGGUCAUGGUCACAACCUUCGCUUCGCAGACUGGGAUAGCGAUGGCGACGUGGAUGUCCUGCUGGCAGAAAAUGAUUCCCUUUGGUUUUACGAAAGGCUUCCGGGAGACGCUUUUGAGAAGCACAAGUUGAUGACGCAUCAUCUCUCUAAGUGGGACGGUUUUGAAGUUGCAGACUGGGAUGGUGACCGCCGCUCUGUCGUUCUCGCUGGUGUGACCCAUAUUCGUGAACACCCGGCGAUUUUGCAGACAACAGUAUCAUAUUUAACGGCAUGUAACAUGCAAGCGGUGGACUUCGACGAAGAUGGUGACCUUGAUCUUGUGAUGGGCCUGGGUCCGCCAUCUCCCACAUCAACAGAAGAAUUGGUCGAAUGGUUGGAAUCACCUCGGCGGAAAUUCUCAGAGCUGUCUUUUGAAAGGUAUUUUGAACGAGUUCUGGAUGAAUUGGAGGAGCGGACUGGCGAGCAGAAUCCGUUGCAGGCCUUCCCAGACCAAGUGGAUUGGAUUGCGGAUCUGGACGGCGAUGGACGUUUGGAUGUGCUGGUUGCAGUCAGGAACUCAGCAAACGACAUCCUUCGAUGGCGGUACUUCCGGCGCACGGCUGCUGGAACCUUCGUUGAGCCGUGGGAGAAUCCAUUAGCAGAGAUCCAACCUUCCUCUCAAAAAAUACACGUGGCAGAUUGGAAUUCUGAUGGGCUUCCAGACGUUCUUCGGCUCGUAGGCACCCGAGUGUGGUCUUAUUACCAGCACGUGGUGGACCGAGACCUUCGGCACAAUUCUCAUUUCAAGAUGUAUGAGGACAUCCACCUGUCUCCCGGCUCCAGUUUCGUUGUGCAGGACUGGAACGAGGAUGGCUUUGAGGAUGUGAUGGUUGUACAGCCGCAAUCGGUACCGAUACCGAUACGCCGGUGGCGACGGGUCUGGAAGUUACGCAGGUAUGAAUUUCAGCCAAGGCACAUGAAGGAAGUGCUUGGCUUUUCUCUCAAUGUGAAUUCUACAGUCGUCCCAGCAUAUGAUCAUCAUGUUGACGAACUCUAUCUUAGUGGCUUUGCAUUGGUAGACUGGGACCGAGAUGGCGCGUUGGACCUCCUGAUUGCUUCAGAAAUUGAUGGCAAACUCCAUUUCUAUCCGAAUCUGGGUGAAGAGUCGGCAGAACAUCCCUUCAAGAACAUUCAACUCAAGAAACAGCCUGACCAAGAUCGAACAAUUUGGAUUUUUGCCAAGCCCAUGGUGGUAGAUUGGGACAACGAUGGUGACUUCGAUCUAUUUUUGGGUCCCCCGGAUGGACGCUAUUUUGAACACUCGGCAGAUGGAAGUUUACGCGAAAAGCAAAGCCCUCUGGUAAGUGCCAUGCACUCGUUGCCGCCAAAUUCAUAUGAUAGAAGGCGCCGGGCUGUAGAUGCCCGAAAUUGGCAAUUUGUGGAUUGCGAUGCAGAUGGAGAUUUGGAUUUAAUCCAAAUACCUGAUAGCAAGGCUCCCGCUCAGGCAUGCGAACAUGAUGAUGGCACGCAUGAACUCCGAUGUGACCCUGAUUUCCUCUGCUUGGGCAGCGAUGUCAGCCAAUAUCAGGGAGGAGCUGCAGACGGGGGAAGCUUCUUCUCUGUUUUGGAUGGUCAGCUGAAGCUCUUUGUGCAAAGAGCCAGUGCCCAAAGUGGGAUUGAACUUUGGACUCCGGGCUUCUGUGUACCAAGUGAACUUUGUAACAACAAGGGACAUUGCUUGCCCGGAAAAUCACACUGCAGAUGUAAUCUGGGCCACGAUCAGUUAGAUUGCUCAAGCUGCCACGAGCACUUCUACAGUGUACUCCGGGAGGAGCUGCAAGUGCAAGACUGCAAGGCAUGUCCUGGUGAUGUUGCAGGUGGCAAGGCAAUGGCUCAUGCAACUGCACUGAAGCACAUUUUCAUGGAACAGAUGAGGACGGCCGAAGUGCAUGCAUGGACGGCCAUUGCCCAGCUGGCACAGAGGAGGUUGAUGGAAACUGCAGUUCUUGUGCUGGCGGAUCCUUUUCCGCUGCCGGAGGCCUUUGCCAAGAAUGUGGAGCUGGAAAGUUUUCCCGCAGGGGAAGCACCAACUGUUCAAGUUGUGCUGCAGGAAAAGUUUCAAGGACAUGGGGCAGUUCAACUUGUGAACUCUGUCCAGCCGGAACCUACGAAAGUAAGAAUCAAUUCUGCAACGUAUGCCCGCGAGGUCAAAUUUCAGUCGCAGGCAGUGCAGCCUGCAGCCCAUGUGAUGCGGGGCGUUUCGCCAAAGAUGGUGUGGUGUGUGAAGCAUGUCCGGAUGGAACCAUUUCUGUUAACGGCAGCAGUGAGUGUCACAGCUGUCCCUCUGGUAAGUAUUCGGACCCAGGCAGAAACAUUUGUUUCGAAUGCCCUGCAGGAGCAAUCUCAAAGGUUCCAGGCAGCAUUGCAUGUCAGCCAUGUGCAGCAGGCACUUAUGCACAGCAAGCCAGUGCAAACUGCAACCUGUGCCCACGAGGCACUAUUUCCAAAGAAGGCAGCGCGGCUUGCAGUCCAUGUGAGGCUGGACGUUUUACCAGAGAGUCCCGGACGUGUGAACGAUGUCCUGGUGGAACCAUUUCUGAAAAAGGAAGCAGUGAGUGUCGCAGCUGUCCCGCUGGAAACUAUUCUCGGGCAGGAAGCAGCAGCUGUUCCAAAUGUCCGGCAGGAGCAAUCUCACAGGUUGCAGGCAGCAGUGCGUGUGAAGUUUGCCGUGCCGGAACGUAUGAAAUUAACAGGCAAGUCUGUAACGCAUGCCCACAAGGCAAAAUUUCUGCAGUGGCAGGCAGUGCAGCUUGCAGCCCAUGUGAUGCUGGCCGUUUUGCAAAAGAGGCCCUGA